AUGGCGCUGCACGUCCCCAAGGCCCCGGGCUUCGCCCAAAUGCUGAAGGAAGGAGCCAAGCACUAUUCUGGCUUAGAAGAGGCUGUGUUCAGAAACAUCCAGGCUUGUAAGGAACUUGCCCAGACCACUCGCUCUGCAUAUGGACCCAAUGGGAUGAACAAGAUGGUUAUCAAUCACCUGGAAAAGCUUUUUGUUACUAAUGACAGCAGCCACCAUCCUUAGAGAGCUGGAGGUUCAGCACCCGGCUGCAAAGAUGGUUGUAAUGGCCUCGCAUAUGCAGGAGCAGGAAGUUGGUGAUGGCACUAAUUUCGUACUGGUGUUUGCUGGUGCGCUGCUUGAGCUGGCAGAGGAGCUUCUCCGGAUGGGCCUGUCUGUAUCUGAGGUGAUUGAAGGCUAUGAAAAAGCCUCCAAGAAAGCUUUGGAGAUCCUCCCAGAUCUGGUAUGUAGCUCUGCCAAGAACCUCCGUGAUGUUGAUGAAGUGGCCUCCCUCUUACAGACCUCGAUUAUGAGCAAACAGUACGGCAACGAGGGCUUCCUGUCUAAGCUCAUAGCACAGGCGUGUGUUUCUAUCCUCCAUGAAUCUGGAAACUUUAACGUUGAUAACAUCCGAGUCUGCAAAAUCUUGGGGUCUGGUAUCUGUGCAUCCUCUGUACUUCAUGGUAUGGUUUUCAAGAAAGAAACCGAAGGAGAUAUCACAUCAGUUAAGAAUGCUAAAAUUGCAGUGUACUCCUGCCCCUUUGAUAACAUGGUCACAGAAACAAAGGGAACAGUACUGAUAAACAGCGCACAGGAACUGAUGAAUUUCAGCAAAGGGGAGGAGAACAUGAUGGAGGAAAAUGUAAAGGCAAUAGCUCAUGCUGGAGCCAAUAUUGUAGUGACUGGUGGAAAGGUGGCAGACAUGGCGCUACACUAUGCAAACAAGUACAACCUCAUGUUGGUUAGGUUGAACUCUAAAUGGGACCUGAGACGACUGUGUAAAACUGUUUGUGCGACAGCCCUGCCAAGAUUAACGGCACCUACUCCAGAAGAGAUGGGACACUGUGACAGUGUGUACUUGUCUGAAGUUGGGGACACACAAGUUGUUGUAUUUAAGCAUGAAAAAGAAGAUGGUGCUGUUGCAACCAUUGUUGUGCGGGGUUCCACUGACAACCUGAUGGAUGAUGUGGAGCGUGCUGUGGAUGAUGGCGUGAAUACCUUCAAAGUGCUCACAAGAGAUAAGCGACUUCUCCCUGGCGGCGGAGCAACAGAAAUUGAGCUGGCAAAACAAAUUACGUCGUAUGGAGAGACUUGCCCAGGACUCGACCAAUAUGCAAUUAAGAAGUUUGCAGAGGCACUGGAGUCUAUACCAAGAGCUUUGGCUGAGAACUCUGGAGUGAAAGCCAAUGAAGUAAUCUCCAAGUUGUACGCCACACACCAAGAAGGGAAUAAAAACAUUGGCUUUGAUAUAGAGGCUGAAAGCGCUGCUGUGAAAGACAUGCUGGAGAGUAAUGUCUUUGAUACGUACCUGGGGAAACAUUGGGGAAUUAAGUUGGCUACAAACGCAGCUGUCACUGUACUCCGAGUAGACCAAAUUAUUAUGGCAAAACCAGCCGGUGGUCCAAAAGCACCAACAGGUAGAAAGGACUGGGACGAUGACCAGAAUGACUGA